AUGCAGCGAACACAAAUAUCUCGAACAUCAUCAUCUGAUAAGUUAAAUGAUUCGUCUUCAUCUCGAAAUUUGAUUCAUAAUAUUGAUCAAACAAAUGAACAUAAAUUAUCUUUAAAUAUUAAGCCAAUAACUCAUCGUACAAUUCAUACACAAACAACACAAGAUAUAAAAUCAUCAUUUCCAUCAAAAUCUAUUCCAUCAUUUGCUGAAACUCAAUUAAUAUCUGUUUAUUAUCCAUCUCAAAAUCCAACAAAUUUAUUAAAUAAUGAUAAAUGUAUAUUUAUUGAACAACAAUAUCGUCAACCAAUACAUUGUCAUAGAAAAUAUGAUCCAUUAUCAUUAACAAAAUCAACACAAACAUCACCAUUAUUAACACCUUUAUCAACACAUAGUUCAACAUUAAUUAUUUAUGGAAAUGAAAAAUUUGAUCCUAAUUAUAAACAACGUUUUAAAAUUUAUUCAGGUAAUCAAAAUUUAUCAAAUGAUUUUAAUAAUGAAUAUACAUCAUCAAAUGAACUUAUUGAAGAUUCAAAUUAUACAUAUGAAGAAUAUAUUUUAAAUCUAGAUGAAAAACAAAGUCAAACAACAUCAACAUCAUCAUCAUCAUCUGUAACUACUGUUAUAGCUCGAAAUAAUGAAUUUAAUACAUUAUCAACUAAUAAUAAUCAACGAAUAUCUAGUUGGCCAUCUGUUCCUGAUGAUAUUAUACCUAUAGAUAAUCAAUAUGAAAAUAAUGAACAAAAACGUUUAUCACAUGUACAAUGUUCGGAAAAUUUAAUUCAUCAAAUACCAACAUCAACAACAAAUUCAUUAAUUGAUAUUAAUUCUCGUAAUAUAUCUGAACAAUUACAACAAUUUGAUUAUCAUCCAAUAAAUCUAUCAAAAUGGAUUCAAACUCAUAUGGAUAAAACUGAUAAUCAAACAAAUUUAACAACUAAUCGUGUUAGUACAUUACGUACAUUAUUUGAACAAAAAAAUAAAUCUGAAGAAAAUUUAUCGAAAUAUAAUGAUGAAAUACAUUUUCAUACAAAAGAUCAUAAUAUAUCAACAAUACAUCAUGCUGAACCAGCUCAAAUUAUUCAACAUAGAAUAGAUUCUUCUAUUAAUAAUACAUAUGAUAAUCAAUCAAUAGCAUCAUUUAAACUUGAUCAAAUACGAUUAAUUACUGGCAGAUCAUUGAACAGUCUUAAUGAUGUUGGACAUUAUUUACAGGAUGGUCAUACAUGGCAAUGGAAUGAAAUAUUUUGGUUAAGUUUAACUAAUUCUCAACGAGAUCACUUAAAAGAUCUUGAAUAUCAAUUACAUACACAUAAAAAUGAUUCAAAAUGUUCAUCACCACCAUCAUUAUCUACUAAUGAAAGAAAACGUUUAAAAUCGACAAUAAAUAUAACCGGAGAUGAUACAUGGCAACAAUAUAAACCACAAAGAUUAUCAUCAAAUAUAACAAAAUAUUCUGAAAUAAAUCCACCUAUUAAUAUGUUAAAUUCGACAACAUCGAAUAUAACUGAUUUAAAAAUUAAUUCACAAGAAUCAAAUAAUCCAAUAACAAUUAUUGAAGAUUUAUCUACAAAUUCUAUUUAUUCAAAUAAAACUAAUAGUGAUGAUACAUUAAAUUAUGAAGAAUUUAUAUAUGAUUAUUUAUCAACAUAUGGAAAACAUGUACGUUUAAAUGAUAAUACAUUAAUUCUUUUUAUUGAUAAUCAACAAAUACAUUUACCAUUAUCAAUUAAUAAUAAUUUAAUUUUAACAAAAAAUAUUUAUUUAGAUUUUAUUGAUCAAGAUUUAUUACCAUUUGAAACUGAAUCAAAUCAAUUAGUUAUAUUUAUAUAUGGAGAACCAAUUAUAUUACCAAAUGAUCGAUGGUUAUUUUAUCGAAUAAAAUAUUAUAAUGCACAAUGGAUACAUAAACUUAAACGUAUUAAUCGACAUAUACCAUCACAAUUAAUACCAAUAAUUGAACAAUGGCUUGCUGAUCAUACAAAAUUAUUAUUCGAUACACAUAAACUUAAUGUUGAUGAUUUAAUUAUUCCACUUAAAGGUAAAGUAGGUUUACAUAUAAUAGAUUUAUAUAAAAGACAACAAUUAGAAACAAAUUAUUGGAAUGAAAUAUUAAAAUAUUUAAUUCGUAUCGGUCAUGUUUCAUAUGAUUCUAAUGAAAAACUUAUUCGUAUAGCACAUAGUGAACUUGAUGCUCGACGUAUUUUAAAAUCACCAUCAUUUUCAUCAUUAGAACUUAUUGAACGUAUAGCAAAAUAUCUUCGUACAUUAGAUAAUAUUCAUAUUGAAAAUGAUUCAUUAUAUUUAACUGAUAAUUUUAUUCUACCAAAUGAAUAUAUUAAUGAUUUAUUAAUUAAACAUAGACAAGGUGAAAAUUUAAAUGCUAAUGAAUUAGCUCAUCUAUUAUUAGAUAUAUGUCAUAUUGAUGAAGAUAAAAAUAAUCAAAUAUUAAUAUUAACAUUUAAUAAACAAAUAUUAGAAAUAAAAAAUAAUGAAAAUUUUUUAAAUAAAAAUGAUAUUAAUAUUUUAAUUGAAUGGCUUAAUAAAUUAAAACAACAAAAUUUAAUUGAAAUCAAUGAACAAAAUGAUAUUAUUAUUAAUUUUAAUAAUCAAAAUAAUAAUUCUAAACAACAAAUAUUUAUUAAAAAUGAACAUAUUAAUACAUAUAUGAAAACAAAUAAUAAACAAACAGAUAUUAUUAAUACAAAUGAUAUAGCUAAUAUUUUAUUUUUAUAUAAUUAUAUUCAAUAUUCAUCUGGUAAAUUUAUAUUUCCUAUGGAAAAUACUAAAUUAAAUACAACAGAUGAAUUAAUUUGGUUACAAUCAAUUAUACAUUCUAUACAAUCUAAUGAACAUAAACAACAAACUGAAAUUGAAUUAUUUGAUGGUCAAAAUACACAAUUACUUCAAAUACCAUAUGAAUAUAUGUUACCAACAAAUAAUAUACAAACAAUAACUAAUUAUUUAUAUCAAAAUGGAGAUAUUCGAUAUGAUAAUAAUACAGGAAAUUAUAUUUAUCGUUAUAUAUCAUCAAAUGAAAAUAAACAUUUAAUAGAAAAUAAUAUAAAUCAACAUGAAUUACUUUCAUCUCAUAUUAAACAUAUACAUAUUAAUAAAAAUAAUAAAUCUAUUGAACUUGAAUUUAUUCAUGAUUCAAAUCAUUAUCUUUUAUUACCUUCAAAUUGGUAUCAACAAAUAUUAGAACAUCAAUUUAAUCGUUCAUAUAUUAUUGAUAUGUUACUUUCAAAUGGUGGUAUAUUUAAUAAUGAUUAUUUUAUUUUUAAUAAUUAUUCAUAUUCAUUAAAAUCUUUAAAUGAUUUAUCAUUAAAACAAAAAGAAAAUCUUAUUGAUUAUUAUGUUGAUUAUAUAAAUAAUCAAGGUGAAAUAAAAUAUGAUAAUAUAAAUCAUUUAUUAAUAUUAGAAAAUUUAUUAAAUGGUUCAAAAUUAUAUUUAACAUCUGAACAUACACAAUUUAUACAUAAUAAUCAAUAUAGACGAGAAGAUAUGAAAUUUAUACUUAUUAAAUAUAGUCAAUUAAAACAAGAUGAAUUUAAUAAUUGGUUAUUAUAUUAUAAUAAUCAAUGUAUACAAAUUCCAUCAAUAAAUAUAUUAAAUGAAAAUAAAAUAGAAUUAAUUAAUAAUUAUCAUAAAAUAAUUGAUUAUAUGUAUAAUCAUAAUUUAAUAAGAUAUAAUAAAAAUUUAAAAAUUUUUCAAAUUUAUUUUUCAAAUCAAAUAUUAAUAAUACCAUUUAAACAAUUAAAAUCAAUAAUUAAUAUAAAAAAUUUUAAUUUAUUAAAUAAAUAUAUUUUACCAUUUAAUAGUUAUCAAUUAUCACAAUGGUUAUUAAAUAAUUUACAAGAAAUAAAUUAUUUUCAUAAUAAUUCUAUUGAAAUUUUAUAUCAAAAUAAAUUUUAUUAUUUACCAUUAAAUUAUUUAAAACAACAAGAAAAUUUUAUUGAUACAAAAUUAAAAUUAAUUUUUCCAUUUAAUAAAUCAUUACGUUUUAUACAAAAAACACCAUCAACAACAACAUUAGAAAAUAUUGAACAACCUUCAAUAGAAAAUAAUUAUACUAUUGAUCCAUUAUUAAUACUUGCUAAUCAUAUACAUCAUUCAAGUACAAUAUAUCAAGAUCAAUUUGGACGUUUAGUUAUAAAAUUAAAUAAAAAUGAAAUUGUUAUACCACGUAUUGAUGCUAUUGAUUCAAUUGAAGCUAUAAAUAUAUCACCACAACGUACUGGUAAUAUAAUUGCACGUUUAAUUAAUCGUAUUGGAAAAGUUCAAUCAAAUGAUAUAGGAGGACUAAUAAUAACAAUUGGUAAAAAUUCAUUUGAAUUAUCAAAAGAAACAAUUAAUUAUUCAAAUAAAUUAUUUAAUAAAAAUAAUUCAAAUUUAUCAUUAUUACGACAUGCAAAAUCAACUAGUAAUUUAUCAUCAUCAUCAAGUAUAGAAGAAUAUCCAUUGUUUAAUGAUGAUCAACAAAUACUUUAUACAAAAAAUGAUCGUGAUGAUACAAGAUAUUUAAAACAAGAUCAUAGAUAUAAUAUUCAAACAAAUUUAGAUUUAAAACCAUCUAUACUUAUUAUACCUGAUAAUGAAACAAUACCAUUAUCAAAUCGUACAACACGUUUUUAUAUUCAAUAUACAGAUGAAUAUGAUAGGUUAUCAUUGAAUAGUAAUUUAAAUUCUAUGAAAAAUCAAUAUCCUAUUCGAUCAAUACAACCACAAUUAAUAUCUCCAUAUCAUUAUCAAAAUAUUACACUUCGUGAAGCACCUGUUUAUUUAUAUAAACAAGAUAAUAAAAAAAUUUUUUAUGAAAAUCUUGCUCAUUAUUUAUCAAUUGAACAAUCUUAUUUAUCAUCACGUACUAUUCGUCAUAUGUUAAAAUUUACAUCUUCAGAUGAAUAUUUUAAUUAUUUAUCUAAGAAAAUGUCAACUAUUCAUGCUAAACAACUUGUUCAAGAAAGUCGAUCACCACAAUUUAUUAAUGGUACAGGUGGUGUUCAAAGUUUAAUAACAUCAGAAAAAAAUGUGACAUUACCUCGAAGUGUUACUUUAUCAGGACAGAGUAAUGAUGGAGAAAGUGAAAGUCGUACGACUGUUUCACGUAGUGCUAGUGCUGCUGCAAAAGUGAUUACAAGUAAAUCGGAUACAAUAAAAUCAAAUACAUCAUCAUCGGGACCUUCAAGUCGAGAGAAUCCAACAGUAUCAUCAGCAUCAGUGGUUCGAACACAUAGUUUGGUCUCACCAAAUCGUACAAGUGGUAGUAAAGGUACAACAGAAGAUGAAGUAAAAAAGGAGAAAAAAUCUAAAUUUCGAACACCAUCAUUUCUUCGAAAACGUAAAGAAAAAAAAGAAGCUGCCAACAAAGAGAAAUCAGAAAAAUGA